UACAUGCUUCGGGUUAGCAUCAAGUUAGCUUAUGUUUAGCCAGCCCAAUUUGAUGAAGUAAAAAUAUAGUUUUUACUAUCGGCAGCACGUACUGAAGAACUACUGAAGGUUCAGUAUGUCGUGUGACAUAUCUUCGUCCGACAGUGAGAAAGACGACCACCACGAAACAUCACAAAACUCACAGGAAAAGCACAAGAGAGUUUCGAAGUACAAGUGCCCUGCCGAUUUUGUGUCUCUUAAAUAUAACUCCGCUGCAAGCGCUCUGCUGGACAAAGAUGAACAAAACAAAGAGCUGUGGCUCAUUAAAGCGCCGUCUCGUUUCGACCCAAAAAUAUUCACAGAUUUAAAAGUGUCUUUAUCAGGCCUGAAGACAAUCCAGGCAACUGGAGCGACUCCACAGCUCUACAGCGUUCUGGGUAGCUGUGCAGGGCCUACUGAUGUCCAUGUUCUUACUUCCAGCUGUCAGAACCAGGGCACACUCUCCACUUCAAGCUUUAAGGGCAUCCUCAGCAUCAGUGAGAGUUACGGGGACUGCAUGGGGAGCCGGCGCCCCCUCUCCAUCCCGACAGCCCCUGCACCAUGCGUCCCGCUGUCAGACCUCAGACAGCGCUUCCAGCCUUUUGGUAGCUCCAUGGCCACUCGUGCAGCAGGGGCCACCACCUCAGCCUCUUCCUUGUCCCCAGUGAGAGUGAAGCUGGACUCAGAAAGAUGUGAUGAACAGAGAAAAAAGAAGAAAAAGAAGAAAAAAGAGAAACACGGCAAAGAAGAGAAUGUUGAAGUGUUCGAUAUUAAACGAGAGCAAAUAUCGUAUGGCUGUGAUGAGAUGCAAGUCCCAGAGUCAGCGGAGGAAGAUGGGACUGUGGCGACAAGGAAGAAAAGGAAAAAGAAGAAAGAGAAGCCAACAGAGGAUUGUCCAGACGAGGCAGAAUGCGAUGCUAGCUUGAUAGCCAAACGGGAACCUGUGGACACUUCGUAUGAUGAAGUUGACCGCUCAGUAAAAAAGAAGAAGAAGAAAAAGAAGAAAACGCUGCAUGAGUAGAAGGGAAUUGGGGUGGGUCAUGAUAUAUUUGCAUGGUAACGAAUGUCAUUUUUACCCGUUUCGUCGGUAAAUGCUCCACAUGCCGCAAACGGCCAUGGACCUGGAUCGAGACCUGCACCAAGGCCAAAACAUUGACUGAAUUUUUUUGUGCCACUGAAGAGGGCAGCGAUAAUAUGAAAAUGUGUUCCUAAAUGUAGUGUUUAUGUGCCUUUGAAUCCGCUUUUAAUGUAAUACCUCUCCCGUGCUGAAACCAAAUGUGUAAUUGUCCUUUUUUUUUUUGCACUGCUUGGACAUGAUAAGAUGGCAGUGCCUGGCAUUUGAUAUUAACCUGAUCAAUCAAAAUUGGUGGUGCAGUUGUGCAAUGCUUAGAAUGCACUGGUAGGUGGCGGUAUGACCCACUUGCAUUGCUCCCUCCACUGGCAGGAUAUGCCGGAGGUUUGAUGAGAGUUCUGCACUGAGGUAUGGCCUUGUUUUCUAAUGAGCACUGAGCAUCUCUUACACCUGCUGAUUUAAUGCUUUUGCUCUCCGCCUCUGCGCUCAUGCAGCUAGUAAUUUCACGGUAUUCUGUAUUAUUCAAGCAAAACCGAAUCAUUUUUAACGGUACACAUAAUUGGGAUCACUUUUCAUAUACUCGAUUGAUUUGAUAAUGACAGGCACCUGCUGGUUCUGUGUGUGACUGUACAGUACUGAGGACCGGAUUACUGUGGAAAUUAAAUUGUAAUUAGUAAA